AUGUCGCAACAGGUCAAGGACGUAUAUUCGGGCAUCAAGAAGAUCUUCCCGGGCUCUCGCCGCAGCGGGAGCUUCUCGUUCACUGGCCGCAUGAGCUCCGCCGAUCUGGACGCGGAACUGUCGGCCGAAGCGCAGGCCGCUGCUCGUGAGAAAUCGUCCAAGAAGAAGGAGGGACGUCACUCGAGCUUUUCGUUCUCAGGCUGGAAAGACAAACGCGCGUCGUCCGAGCCCACGCCUCCCGUUGUCAUGUCUCUCCCCUACGGAGCUCAAGCCGCCACGCCCAAGGCCAAGAAGGCGCCCGAGAAGGGCGAGCGCAACUCGCUCACUCAGACGCUGAGUAAUGCCUUCCACUCGACACCCAGCCGCAGUCUCUUUGGCAGUAGCAGGGGCAACAAACCUCCCACGCUCGGCAAUAGAAGUGUCAGUGCCGGAGGAGACCGUCCUCCUUGUAUGGGGAACCGUACGCUGCGCAACAGUGGCGUCCAUGGCAACAUGGCGCUCCAGCUUCAACCUGGAGCGACACUAGGAGCUCCGCCUUCCUCUGGAGGGAGCUCAAACAAUCGAUAUGGACAAAGGAGCAAGGUUCGCCACAGUUUGGCCAGUUUCAGUACCGUAAAGAACGCACCAAGCUCGUACCACACCGUCUUCUCCCCGGCGAAGAGCAAAGCGGGCAAAAAGCGAGUGAAAAAGGAGCGUGGUAUGUCGCUGUCCUUCUCGUCUUCAGCUAGAAGAGAAAAGAAGAAAGAGAAGGAAGAAGCAGAGCUCGCUAAGCGCGCGUCGUACUCGAAGAACGAACAGGCAGUAGUCAAGCCCCACGCGUCCACGUGGGACUCGGACAGUGACGACGACUACGAGGAUACCAAGCGGCCUACUCGUGGCCUGGACCGUCGCUCGCAGAGUAUGGACUUCAUGGAGCAGGCGCCCACGCACCUCAUCUCGAAGAUCUGGCGCAAGUUGCCGAUCCAGGCGCGUCUUAUCGGCGGCCGUGGCAACAUCGAUCUGGACCUGCAAAAAGACCGUACGAGUUUCUCACGCAGCUCCGAGGCGCGCAAAUUUGCACUUGCCGCUGAAAAGGCAAAAGCGGCGGAGUUGCAUCGUCGCUCUAUUUCGGGACGCAAAGUCCCGAGUCCCGUACCUACCGAGGAGGUGCUGUCGCCAGGUGUCGCCAAACGAACACGGUUCAGUUUAAAUCCGACGAUUAUCCUUUCGGACGCGAACGACGGGGCUUCUGGCGCGUAUACUGCUGUGGAGAGCUACGACGAUGUGCUGGUGCGUGUGUGCAAAUUUGCAGCGCACGAUCAGCGACCUACCACCACGAAGGUGCAGGAAUUCCUUGAACGCUCCAUGGCUUUCCUUCAUGGUACGCGCACAAAGCACGGUAAUGUGGUGAACAUCGCGAACGAGGAGAUCCGCAUGUGGCGUCGACUGGCGUUGCAUGAUUGGAUGCUCGAGGAAGUGACGACGGCCCAGGCCGCUGCGGCUCUGGGUGUCAAGGGCAAAGACGUCGAGGCGCCGUCGUCGCGCACCAGCUCUGCCGUAACGGAGGGUACUGAUAGUGAUAGUGACGGCCAGUCGAAAGCUCGCCGAAGACUGCACAGCUUAUCGCUGCAUCGAUCUCUAAGUGAAAGUGUGGUUGAAGAAGAGCCAGAGGAGGAGGGAGAAGAGGAGGAGCUAGAGGUGCCGUCCAACACGAAGUUCGACAAGCUCUGCGGCGUCGUCAACUGCUGCGUGAACUUCGGGGAAGUUCUCUUCUCGCCCGAUGAGAUUGGCGACCUGGUGCGUCUUGAGUUCAUUGUGGAGGAGGACGGCUGGAUCUAG